GGGCACGGGCCGGCCCCGCGCGCACACAAAGGCGGAGCUUGGAGAAGAUGAUUUCCGUUUUAUCUUAUUUACAGCAACCAACAGCAAUUGACGGAGUCCAUCAGCCCAGUGGACGUUGAUGGACCAGCCCUAUGAAGAAACAGGGUUACAAUGGGACAAAGUACCUCGGAACAAGAGGUCCAAGAGGCAACACCAUCAGAGGCCCGCGAGGAUGGGUUUAAUGACAUCAGAUCUUUGGUGGAGGAGGAGCUUCAGACGAGCAUGAUGGUGGGAAUGGUGAUCGGUGCCGGCAUUGUCAUAGUUCUCAUUGCCAUCCUCAUUUUCUUCAUCCUGCGGAGGAUACAACUUCGAAAUGAAGUCACUGAAGAAACGCCAAAGUAUCGCUUCCGUAAAAGGGACAAAGUUAUGUUCUAUGGCCGAAAAAUUAUGCGAAAGAUGUCCCAGUCUACCUCUUCUCUGGUGGGUACUUCUUCCUCUUCUCGUCCCCGCAUGAAAAAGAAGCAGAAGAUGAUCAACAUUGCCAAAAAGAUCCUGCGCUUUCAGAAAGAGGUGCCCAUUCUUCAAGCUAAGGAACCCCCUCCCUCAGUGCUGGAAGCUGACCUCACAGAGUUUGAUGUGGCCAACUCCCACCUCCCCUCAGAAGUGCUCUACAUGCUCAAAAACGUCCGGGUACUGGGUCACUUUGAAAAGCCACUGUUCCUUGAGCUGUGUAAGCACAUGGUGUUUUUGCGCUUCCAACAAGGCGAGCAUGUGUUCAGACCAGGCCACCCCGACAGCAGCAUCUAUGUGGUGCAGGAAGGGAAGCUCGAACUGUGCCUUACUGGACCGGAUGGCAAAGAGAAUGUGGUGAAGGAGGUGUAUGCUGGAGACAGUGUUCACAGCCUACUCAGCAUCUUGGAUGUCAUCACAGGCCACCAGAAGCCUUACAAGACAGUGUCGGCUCGAGCUGCAGAGGUCUCCACUGUUCUGCGUUUACCUGUCGAAGCCUUCCUCUCUAUAUUUGAGAAGUAUCCCGAGAGCCUUGUGCGAGUAGUGCAAAUUAUUAUGGUUCGUCUCCAAAGAGUCACUGUCCUGGCCCUGCACAACUAUUUGGGGCUCACCAACGAGCUCUUCAGCCAUGAAAUGCAACCCAGCCGUCUACCCCCUCCAUCUCCUCACCCAACUCGGACUAGCCCAAUACGUCAUGGGAAACGCUUCAGCAGCUUGACUGUACCAGAGGAGCACAGGGAGGCUGCUGUCAAAGAGGCUGCAGCAGAGCAAGGGAAGGAUGUUUCAUCAGUGCCAAGUCUUAGCAGAGCAAUCUCUAUGCCUGUGGAUAUUGCUGGUAUUCAGAAAGGUCUUAAGUCAGACUUUGACAUGGCUUAUGAGAGAGGCCGUAUCUCUAUUUCUGCUGAGGAUGGAAACACUCCUCCACAAACAUCAAAGUGUGGUGGACCUCUUGACCAGCGGGAGCGUAAAGUGACAGUGGAUGAGGUUCCUUCAGGGAUUUACCUCUAUCCUGAGGAAGAGCCAGGAAUUGAUAAUAUUUUCACUCCAGUUUCUGCCAAAUCAAGUGCUGCUUUGUUUGAGGAAGCCCAGAAAGAGAUCCUGAAGCUCAUGAGGAUAGAGGACCCUUCAUUGCUGAAUGGGAGAGUAACUCUGCAUCAUGCCAAAGCUGGUGCUGUUUUGGCCAGACAAGGUGACCAGGACGUGAGCCUGCACUUUGUCCUGUCCGGGUGCCUGCAUGUGUACCAGCGGAUGAUCAACAAGCAGGAGGCGGUGUGCUUGUUUGUGACCCACCCGGGGGAGAUGGUGGGGCAGCUGGCCGUGCUCACAGGAGAGCCCCUAAUCUUCACUAUCAAAGCCAUCCGGGAUUGUACUUAUCUUAAGAUCUCCAAGUCAGACUUUUAUGAAAUCAUGCGGGAGCAGCCCAGUGUCGUCCUGAGUGCGGCUCACACAGUGGCCAUCCGCAUGUCUGCCUUUGUCAGACAGAUGGACUUCGCCAUCGACUGGAUGGCUGUGGAAGCUGGAAGAGCUCUUUAUAGACAAGAUGACAAGUCAGAUUGCACCUACAUAGUGUUAAAUGGACGUCUGCGCUCAGUCAUUCGAAAGGCAAAUGGAAAGAAAGAGCUUGUUGGGGAGUAUGGUAGAGGAGAUCUCAUUGGUGUGGUGGAAGCUUUGACUAAGCAGCCGAGGGCCACCACUGUCCAUGCUGUUAGGGACACAGAGCUGGUCAAACUGCCGGAGGGAACGCUAAAUAACAUUAAAAGACGAUAUCCACAGGUGGUGACACGGUUGAUCCACUUGUUAGGCCAAAAGAUUUUAGGUAACCUCCAGCAGGGGAGAGGGCCUUUCACGGCAUCCGCUCUGGGCCUGCCCAGUGUUGCCACCAGUGCAGAUGUGACCAACCCCUCCAGUAACCUCUCCACUGUGGCUGUGCUGCCGGUGGGCGACGAUGUGCCAGUCAACGCUUUCAACCUGGAGCUCAGCCACGCCCUCAGUGCCAUAGGUCCAACUUUACUGUUAACAAGUGACAUAAUUAGAGAACGAUUGGGUGCCUCUGCUUUGGACAGUAUCCAUGAGUACCGUCUGUCCGGCUGGCUGGCCCAGCAGGAGGACAUAAACCGCAUCGUCCUGUACCAGACCGACAACAGCAUGACCCCCUGGACACAGCGCUGUAUCCGACAGGCGGACUGCAUCCUCAUUGUGGGAGUGGGGGACCAGGAGCCCACGCUUGGAGAGCUGGAGCAGAUGUUGGAGAACACAGCGGUACGCGCUCUGAAGAAGCUGGUCGUCUUACACAGAGAAGAUGGCCCUGAUCCAGCCCGGACAGUGGAGUGGCUCAACAUGAGGAGCUGGUGCUCAGGUCACCUUCACCUCAAGUGUCCACGCCGAGUCUUCUCCCGACGCAGUCCCAGCAAACUGAGGGAGGUAUAUGAGAAGGUUUUUGAGAAAACAGCAGACAGACACAGUGACUUCUCUCGGCUGGCCAGAGCCCUGACAGGGAAUAGCAUCGCCCUGGUAUUGGGAGGAGGUGGAGCCAGAGGCUGUUCUCAUGUUGGAGUGAUCAAAGCCAUGGAAGAAGCAGGAAUUCCCAUUGACAUAGUAGGAGGGACCUCGAUUGGAUCAUUCAUUGGUGCUCUGUAUGCUGAGGAGAGGAGCGCUGUUCGAACCAAGCAGAGAGCCCGCGAGUGGUCCAAGGCAAUGAACUCCGUGUUCAAGACAGUCCUGGAUUUGACCUAUCCCAUCACCUCCAUGUUCUCCGGCUCUGCUUUCAACACCAGUAUAUAUAAAGUUUUCCAGGACAAACAAAUAGAGGACUUGUGGUUGCCAUAUUUUAAUGUCACGACUGACAUCACAGCCUCAGCCAUGCGAGUCCAUCAGGAUGGCUGCGCCUGGCGCUAUGUUAGGGCCAGCGCCUCCUACACCCCUUAUUUACCUCCCCUCUGCGACCCCAAGGAUGGCCACUUGCUUGUGGAUGGUUGCUAUGUUAACAAUGUCCCAGGCUCUCUAUGGCGCUAUGUGCGUGCCAGCAUGACCCUGUCGGGGUACCUGCCACCCCUCUGUGACCCCAAAGAUGGAAACUUACUAAUGGACGGUGGCUACAUCAACAACCUACCAGCGGACAUUGCGAGGAACAUGGGUGCCAAAACCGUCAUUGCCAUUGAUGUGGGGAGCCAGGAUGAGACCGACCUGUGUAACUAUGGUGAUUGUCUGUCUGGAUGGUGGUUGCUCUGGAAACGCAUCAACCCUUGGGCUGAGAAAGUUAAGGUGCCGGACAUGGCAGAGAUCCAGUCCCGGUUGGCCUACGUGUCAUGUGUGCGUCAGUUAGAGGUGGUUAAGAAGAGUGCCUACUGCGAGUACAUAAGACCCCCCAUCGACCGCUUCAAGACCAUGGACUUUGGAAAGUUUGAUGAGAUCUAUGAUGUGGGCUUUCAGCACGGGAAGCUUCUGUUCACCGGUUGGGCUCGUGGGGACAUCAUCCAAAACAUGCUGAAGGACCAUCGAUCGGCUGACUACAACGACAGCAAGAAAACAGAUUCAUGCACAUGUCCAGACGCAGACUUCACUGACCUGGCAGAAAUCGUCUCCAGGAUUGACCCAGUUCAGACUUUUGUGGCCACAGAAGCAGAGGAGUCGGACUGUCUGACCGAGUAUGAAGAGGACGGGAUGGACACCGUGAGGGAGGAGGAGGGGGAGGAGGGGGAGGAGGAGGAAACUGACGACCACUCACCUGGAGACUGGGGUCCAAAUGGUGUCUUUCAAACGGAUGAAGAAAAAUCAGUUCGCCAACGCCGUAAACUAGCCAGUGACUCCAACCUGUCGGAGGUGUCAGACUCCUGAUGGAGAGGAGGAAACAGGAGGUCUUCAAAAAUAACAGCUUUUCUAGUAAAGCACCUACUACAGGUGUCUAACUGGAGGACAAAGUGUCUUUCUUAACUCCUCCUGCUGCCAAUCAUCUGCCUCCCAGUGAACAAUGACUUGGUUUAACAUCAGGUGAGCCUUCUGAUGCAGCCCUCUUUUAUUUAUCCUGUCUUGGGACAAGCAUAAAAUACAGAGACUCUUAAAAACAAAUAAAAUAACUUGAUACAACAAAUGAGUGGGGCCGUAUGUGAUGAGAACUGGACUGAAGCCUGCAUCAUGCCUUCCUCACUGCACUCCAUUCACACUGUCUGUAGAUGUUUCGAGUGGUUACUACUGUGGAAUAAGAGUUAAUGGCACUGGACCUAUUUUACUGGUGAGGACUUUUCUUACAUAAGGGAAACACACCCUGAAAAAUGACCAUGAAUUAUUUUGUUUUUAACUUAUUUUACUUAACGCACAAAAACUCGCUGCAGUGUGACUGAUUGAUGAUUGGGUGCUAUUUGUUGUUGGUGUUUUCAUUAAUGCCACAUUAAGAUGAUGCCUUUUCAAAAUAUGUUUGAUUACAACACGAGAUACUCAGGUUUUCUGUUCUCAGUCUGAAGAUCGGCAGAAAGCUUGUCAUAAAAAGUGUAAAAACAUGUUAAAUAUAUGUAUAUAGAAAACAAUGUUAUUACUGUUGAUUUUCAGCCUUGAAAUGUACAGAAACUCUGAGUAACAUGUUAAUGAAUUACACUAUAAUAGUUGUAAAGUUGUAUUCCCACAUUCUAUGUGAAAUGAUGCUUUACUGAAUAUCAACGGAAUGGGAUCCAAUGAACUUUUGCCAGAUAUGCUUUCUAAUAUUAUUUAUACAACUACUGGGUUUUGUUUUAGGGUUUUAUUUUGAUUAACUUUGGCUUUAGCUGUUUUGCACUGAAAUGUUGGAUAUAUUCCUUUGGCCAUCUAUGGAGCUCAUCAGUGACCGCCCGUCCCCCCACCGAAGUAAAUUUCUCAUUCAUUUUUCCCAUAGACUUUCUGAAGAAACUUAAUAUUCAAAGUUUGAAGGCUCAGGACUAUCAGCUAUGUGGUUACUAAUGACCAUAAGACCUACAGUUUUUUUUUUAUUCUGUUUCUGAAACUAUAAGCUGUUGAGCUCCAUUUGAGGGUGACAAGGGAAAUAAAGAUUUUUUAAAAAGGAUUAUUAUUGGAUAUGCAUAAUUGAAAAUAAAUGUUUAACAAAAUUUCAAAA